AGAGAGUAAACUGCAUACUGAAAAUAAGUCACAAAGGAAACAUAUGAUACCAUAGAGGAAAUAUACUUCAAUAAUCCGAUUAAAGUAAAAAUGGGACGUGCAAGCAGGCCGUUUUAAAGGUAAAUCCCUAAGAUUACUACUACUACUACUAUGCCCACUUUACCUGUCAGUGAAUGAUGAAAUAUGAUACCAUUAUUAAAACAAGGUAGUAAUCGAAUCCCUAAACACGCUGAGUACAAGAUGGACGCCAUUUCUAAUACCCUUACGUAGGAUGAAAGGUGACAUGGAAGGAUGGAUGAAAAUGAAUGAAGAAUUGGAUAAAACAUCAGAAAAUAUGCAGAGUAUUGUGAAGGAAAAUAAAUUAGAGAUAGCAGUGCUUUGCUGCAUUCUUUUAAUUAUAACAUGGCUUGGAGACCGCCUUGUAGCAGAUUUUGUAACAACAUUACCACCCAAGUCUCUCCUGCGAGCAUCAGACACUGUGAUCCAUGGUUUAAUAGCAGCAGUGUCAUGGCGAAUGGUAUGCCUUAUAAAUCCACAACUAAGUUUUAGUAUUUGUUUCCCAUCACAUUGGAAAGACAACUUUAAAUGUGCAGGUAGUCAAGAAAGCUCAUCAUUUUUCUCGCUCUUAAAUUUUUACAAUAUGGGUAUGGCAUUUGCUGUAGCAAGUGCAGUAGAUUUGGACCACAUCAUCACUGACCUGUCUUAUACACUUCAGGUUGUGAUAACUCCGUACUUGAAUGAUCGUAGAGGUGAAGAGGUUGAAGUAUUAUCAUCAACUUUGGUGUCUGCUGGUCCAGGAGUGUGCCCAUUUGAACGCAGACAUCAACAUACUGAAGUACCAGCUGGUGAAAAAAGCUUACGAGUAAUUUCAUAUAAUAUCCUUGCGGAUUUAUAUGCAGAUGGUGAUUUUGCCAGAAAGCAUCUGUUCCCUACAUGCCCAUCUUAUGCUAUGGACAUUGAUUACAGAAAGCAGCUUCUCAUCAAGGAGAUAUUGGGAUACAAUGGUGAUCUUAUCUGUAUGCAAGAAGUAGAUGAGAAGGUUUUUAAUUAUGAUCUUGAGCCAGUGUUGAGUAACAUUGGGUUUGAAGGCCAUUUUGAUGCAAAAGCAGGUCAAGUCACGGAGGGACUAGCGGUGUUUUAUAGGACAGAGAAGUUAAGGUUGCUGGAAAGAAACAGAUUUGUUUUGAGCACCGAAUUACAAACUAACGUCCUUUUUAGUGACAUGUGGGAGAAACUGCAGACAAAUGAAAAAGUGAAAGAGAGGGUGUCAGAGCGAUCUACAGUGCUACAGGUCUCUGUGUUUGAAAGUGUGGAAGAUCCUUCAAGAAUAAUUGUCCUUGGCAAUACUCAUCUCUAUUUCCAUCCAAAUGCAGAUCAUAUUAGAAUUCUUCAGGGUGGAAUAUGUAUGCAACUUUUACAACAAAUUAUUUGUCUCUGUCAGACAAAGAACCAAGGGAAAGAUGUAAGCUUGUUCUUUUGCGGGGACUUCAAUAGCACACCAGAGUUUGGUAUAUAUCGUUUCAUGACUACACAGCUCAUUGACUCAGAGGAUGUUGAUUGGAGUAGCUGUCCAGAGGAAUGUAUUAAAGGUGUUGAAAUUUACCAUAACUAUGAAAUGGAAAGUGCUUGUGGCUUACCACCUUAUACAAAUUAUACUGUUGGAUUCUAUGGUUGUUUGGACUAUAUUUUUUAUCAAACAGAUAAAUUCAUUGUCAAGAAGGUAAUUCCCAUGCCAACUCAUGAAGAAGUUACUGAGCACACUGCAUUACCAAGUAUAACAUUCCCUUCAGAUCACAUUGCUAUCAUAGCUGACCUUGAGUUUGUCACCAGAUAAUACAUUUAUAAAUAAAUAUUUAUAUGUAUAAAUUUGAAUUUUUUUUUCUUAUUGUUGUGGGGAAUGAAGACCUGUAAUUACAUAAAACUUAAACUUG